UAUGAAGGAGCGGGGAGAGCCAUUGUUCUAGUCGUGGAUCUCUGCAGAGGGUCACGCGGCCGCGUUGCUCGGGUACCGGACGGCGGUCUGUCGUUAUGACGGGCUCUGGUCCGAAACUCGGCGUCCUGCUGCUGGUGGCGGUAUUGCUGCAGACGGUGGUCGUCACCAUCACGGUGCUGCAUUUCACCUCGGCUCUAAACUCGAUGAAAGAGACCUUCGCCAGAAGUAGCGUUUCCUGUUUGACGGGCUCUGAUCUGCAGAGCAUUAGUGCUGUGCAGGGUGAUCUCUGCUGGCAGGUCACUCAGCAGUUUCACCUGCUCAUAGAAAAGUCUCUGUCUCAGCGUUACCAGAGGCGGAUUUCAUCAGCAGUGAGAGAUGAAGUAUCCCGUGUGCUGCCCUCGCUUGUAACGGACGAUAGGGCUUCACCUCGCCCCAAAGUCGCUGCUCAUGUUACGGGCAGCUUUGUAGCCAAACUGGAGCGCAGUGGUGGAGCUCCAGUCCCUGCUGGGCGACGGGUUCAGGGUCAAAAGAUCACUUGGUGGGAGGGUCAGAAGGGCCUUGCGUUCCUGCAGGACGUGCAGCUGCUGGACGGGGAGCUGGUGGUGUUGCAGCCCGGCCUCUACUACGUCUACGCCCAGACGUACUUCAGGCACACCCACUCCCUGGAGGAGGACGGUGAAGAGGUAGAGGACAGAGGGAAACCACUGCUGCAAUACGUCUACAAAAAGGUGAACUCCUACCCCGUCCCCAUCCUGCUGAUGAAGACCAGCCGGACAUCCUGCUGGUCUCGGGGUUCCGACUUCUCUCUGCACUCCGCCCACCAGGGGGGGCUGUUCCCGCUCACGACUGGCGACCGCCUGUUCGUGACCGUCACCAAUGCCUCUGCUGUGGACAUGGAUGAGAAGAGCAGCUUCUUCGGAGCGUUUCUCGUCAGUUAGAGGGUUGAUUGAAGGAAACUGACAUCAUGGCGGCGUGGUUUUUCAAAAACGAUCAAACUGCUGCAAGCAUCAGACCGCCCUGAGACGUCUCCUCUUUUUGUCUUAAGGGAUCAGUAACUGAACAAAAUCUUGAUAACACUGGUUUACCUGGCAGAAGGGACCUACUGAAAACAUGAGGACGGAGUAUGGACCCGACUGUUUCUGAUCUGCAAACAUUUCCUGAGACCACAGUGCUUUAAUUCUAGCAAUGGUUGAAGAGCUUUUCUGAGUAGAUCAGUUCCAACAGCGAUUUCCAAAUGUUAGAGAAAAUUCACCUAGAAGCUGACCAUCUUCCAGCUUAGACAGUUAUGCAGUGUUGCAUAAUUUUUUUUAAUUUUUUUUUAGGGGUAAAUCUCUGUUAUUUCUGAAUUUUGCAUAACAGCAGUUUGAAUUUGCAGUUUGUCACUAUUUUCGCUAUUUAGAAAGCUUAAUACAUUUGAGAUACAUAUUCUAUCCUGCGAAACCCCUUUAGGCAAAGGGAAAAUUUUCUCCAAAACGUUAGAGAUAGUAAACUUUUAAUUCAAAAUGUGUUAAAUUAAAUCCUUUCUGCCUGAAUGUAUUUUAAGUUUUAUAAAAUAUUUGUAUGUGGAUUCAGGCAAGAAUGAAAUGCUUUGGAUAUAGUUAAUUUAAGUAUAACACAUCUAAAUGAUAUAUCUUUUAGUUUGCAGAUUCAUGUAAUUAGGCAUAACUGGACAUAAUUCCAACCACCAGACGUCAGGAAGGGGUUUCCAGCACAAACAUUAUCAUCUUUGUCUAAGACACAGCGGUUGGUAUUUUAUGAGCCCCGUUGUAAAAGUGGUUUAGGUUAUAUUUACAUUAAACAUCAUGGAUUUAAGUCUGACAGUCAUAAAUAGAUGUAAAGAAAUUUAGCAUCUGGCCACAAAAGAGCUCAUAUCCAAAUCUCUACCAUUUAGAGGAAAAUAUGGAGAGCUGUGGUUUCCCUAUGACUUUAAAGCCGCAAAUGAAACGUAAACAUUGCAGAACAAUUACAUUUAUAUUUUUUUUCCAGCGUUAUGAACGUUUAUACUUCAUUGGAGGGAUCAUCUACAUUAAAUUGAAAAAAAUCAACCUGAAUUAAGGUUUAUUUAAAGUCUCAACUAAGUUUGCAGCCUUCUUCACUUUCUUUAGUUUUUCUGAAAACAUUUUCAAACAUGUGCUCUAUUAAAAGAAACAAAACAUGUCAUAACUCCCCCAGGCCACUAGGAGGCACUAUACUGCUCCUCCUUUAAAGUGAAAAAACAAGGCAGGAAGCAGGUGCUAUAAGCAUGGCUAAUAAAUCACAAAAUUUGCUAGUUUAGAAUGUCUAUAUUAAACAUGCAAAUGUAAAAUGUUAUACUGUUUUUAAUUCAGUAGCUAAUUUAAAAGGUUUUAUCUUGCAAUAGCGUUCUUGAUACACUAAAACAGAAAUCUCUGAAGAAAAAAGUAUUGUCAAAUUUUGAAAUCAUGCUGACAUAUGGAGGUAUAAAUUUGCCCAAAAAAUGUUGCAAAUAUAAACCAUUGAAGGCUGCUAACGCAUAUUUACCACCUAGUGGAAAAAAUGAGCAACUGCAGUUUAACCAUUGCGAUUUCCACGCGGAUGUUGUAAAAACUGCUGUCAAACGUUAGCUUAAAACUCCUGUGAGUUUUCAGCGCCACUCAUAAAACUGCGAUCAGAUUCUCUUGAUUUAUUUUUUCCAAGAAGAUGUAAAUACUAAGCUAUAUAUUUUGCAUUUUAUUUUUGUAAGCCUUUUUCUAUUUUUUUUCCAGCGAUGUGAUCAACAUAAAGGGACAAUCCAAACCCACUAAAACAACAUGAAUGGAUGUGUACAUUGUAAAAUCUUUUAACAGCCUGCAUUUCUUAUUCUGUGGUUUGUUUUUGUUGAAAGAAAUUAAUUGCUUUGUCUCCAAUCCUGCAGCUUAUUAAAGCCUCCCUAAGAUUGGUAUUUCUGCUAUGUUGAACGACCUGCAGAUCUAGAAAAACAUGGUGCUGUCAUGAAAUGUUGCAGUGAGCAACGCCAGAUGCUCCCUGAGGAAACAAAGAUGAUUAUCAGAUGUUAGAGGUUGCAUCAUGGUUUGCGUGUACCUGUUUUCUACGUCUGUAAUCUUUUGAGACCUGCUUGAGCAGCUUCCAAGUUGUACCGUCAGCUGAUUUACUUACAGUAAUUGACCUUGAAGCAGCACAAAGAAAACAAUAUACAAAAACAAGAAGUGUUGGCCUGCUAGGUGCAACACACAGUACAAGCAGGUUUAAAAGAAGAAACAGAGUAAAAUUAGACACAAAUAAGAUUUUUAAAUGACAUAAAUGCAGCACUCAGUGGAGACACUAAAUCUCUCGUUGUGAAUGCUUAAUUAACACGUGUCCAAUAAAGUUUUAGUGACUUAUGAAACCGAUCCAAGGCUUUAAAGACUUUGAAGUGAAAAUCAAAAAGGUUUGAUCUCUCCAUGCUUAAAAGCAUCAUAGUCAUAUUGUUUUUUAUUAGUCUGCCAGAGAGGCCGUAAAACAGUCUGAUUGAGGGUUUGUAAACAUGUGACAGUGUGCCUGAUAGAAAACACCUGAAUGUUGCUAAAUGUUAUUCAGAAUGUAAAUAUGUGAAAUAAAUAUGCUUUUAAAUAAAGAAUCAGCAUAUUUGUCUAA